ACUCGGUUAUGCAGUGCAAUUCAACGAGUUUGUUAACAAUGAAAAUAAAAAUUCUAGUGAAUGAAAUAAUAGACCAAAAUGAUCUCUGUCAUUGGUGGAGGCGUUGACCGUACAGUUUAUAUUUUAUGAAAAAAAAAAAAAAAAUCAUAUCAAAAUUCAACCUUGUAAAGAAAAACGAAAUUAAAUUUAUAUUAAAUCAAUUUAUUUUAACAAUAAUAAAAAAAUGAUUAAUUAUUUAUAUUUUUUUUUAUAUUUAAUUCGGGUGCAUUAAUUGUAAAUGCAUUGGCAUCGUUCCAUCUUCACGAAUAAAAAAAAUAAUUUUUUUUUUUUAAAAUAAUUAUCAUUAAUUAAUUAAUUUAUUAUAAUUUUAAAUAAUCAACAAAAUAAUAUCUUAAUCAAUAAAUAAUAUAAAAUAUGAUUAAUAAUUUACUGGCGCCGUUGUAAUUGUUGUUAUUAUUAAAAAUACAAAAGUGAGUUGCAACGAGUUUGAAGGGAUAGUUUAGUCGUAUUCAUAUCUUAUCAAUAUGAGAGAUAAAAAUUGAUUAUUUAGUGGUAUUAUUGGAUAGCUACAUCUUUCACCUUAUAUCAGUGACCAACAAGCCAUCAAACUCUCAACUUGUUUUUUUCAUUUUUCAUAUAUAUUUUCAUUGAUUUUAUUCAAUUUUUUUUUUCUCAAUUUUAUUUUUUAUAAUUAUUUAAAAAAACGAAAUUAUUUGACAAGUUUUAAAAUGGCUAAAAGACACAAACACAUGAUUGGAUUACGUAUAUUUCUCGUUAUUGCAAUACCAACAAUGUAUUUUAUUUGCAUAACAAUUGCCAGUUUGUUUAGUAAUAUUCCAAAUGAAAAAAUUCAACAGAAUAAUUUUGGAAGAAAAUUAAUGCAAAUUGAUAGUGUGGAGGUAAAUCAAAGUAAAAAUUGUACACAACCAUCAAUUCAAGAAUUUCCUGGUGAUGGAUUAACACCAGAUGAAAGACGUUCUGGUUAUAUAAUAUUUCAUAUUAUUAUUGCAAUGUAUUUAUUUUUAUUACUUGCAAUAAUAUGUGAUGAUUUUUUUGUUCCAUCAAUACAAAAAAUAUGUGAAAAAUUGGACAUGACAAAGGACGUUGCUGGUGCAACAUUUAUGGCUGCAGCUACAUCAAGUCCAGAAUUAUUUAUCAAUGUCGUUGGUACAUUUAUAACUGAAGGUGAUUUAGGAGUUGGUACAAUUGUUGGUUCAGCUGUAUUUAACAUUCUUGCUGUACCAGCAUGCUGUGGAUUAUUUGCAACCCAGUGUUUAGAACUUGAUUGGUGGCCAAUAACAAGAGAUUCAAUUGCAUAUGCUGUUACUGUUUUUCUACUAAUCAUAACACUACGUGAUGGUAGAAUUGAAUGGUGGGAAGCAUUAAUUCUCGUUAUUUUUUAUAUUCUAUACAUUGCUGCAAUGUUUUUUAAUAAACGUAUCAGCAGAAAAAUGGGUACACUUGUAAAAAGAAGAAGAGAAUAUAAAAAUCUUGAUCUUGAAAAACCUCUUUUACCAAAUUUUGUAAAUGGAGGCAAAUUAACAGACAGCCUUGAGAUAAGUGAUGAUGAAUCAUUGGAUAUUGUCAACAUGAUAUCAAUGCCAGAAACAUUUUGGGAAAAAGUAUGGUGGAUUUUAACAUGGCCAAUUAAUUUAGUACUACUUGUUACAAUACCAGAUUGUCGUAGAGAUUCUCUAAAAACUUGGUAUCCAGUUACAUUUAUUAUGUGCAUUGUUUGGAUUGCCUCAAUGUCUUAUAUCGUUGCCUGGGACAUAACAAUUAUUGGUGAUACAUUUAAAAUUCCUGAUUCUGUCAUGGGUUUGACAUUUUUAGCAGCUGGUAUGAGUGUUCCAGAAGCUGUGUCAAGUGUUAUUGUAACAAAUCAAGGUCAUGGAACAAUGGGAAUAAGUAAUUCAAUUGGUUCAAAUGUAUUUGAUGUAUUACUUUGUCUUGGUUUACCAUGGUUUAUAAAAUCAGUUUUUUUACCAAAAAUACCCGGUACAAGUUAUGUACAAAUAAAUUCUGAGGGUCUUAUUUACAGUUCAAUAUCACUAUUUUCAACAUUACUAUUAUUAUAUACAGCAUUUGUUGUCAACAAAUUUAGAUUAGAUAAAAAAGUUGGUAUAACAUGUCUCAUAAUGUAUGCAAUGUUUUUAGUGAUAGCAUCACUAACUGAACUAAAUGUAUUUUUCCCUGUUAAUUUACCUACAUGUGUUCACUGACGAUUGCUUGCGGCUCAUAAAGCCGCAUUUAGUAAUUAGACAUUAUUUCGAUUUUAUUCUUUUUAAAAAUACUACGAGAUUAUUAUUAUUCUUUAUCAUUUUUAAUGUACAAAUAUUCAUGUUUUAUGUUUGUUCUUGUGAAUACAUAUAUUUUUAUUAUCUAA